AUGGCCACGCGCACUGCCAACACGAUGGCGCUUCGACGCGUCAAGCGCGCCAAGACUGAACCGACGACUAUCGAAGCGCUCGGGUCCCGCGUGCUCCUGAGCCUUGUCCCGUUCCUGCAGCCAAACGAUGCACUCAACCUCUCGAACGCCAGCCCUGCGCUCGACGCGGCCAUGGACAAAUCGGUGUGGCGCUACGUCUUGCUGGAGCAGUGCGGCGUCAAGCCAACGGUGCUCAAACCGCGAUCGCAGCUCCGCAAGAUGGUCGUCGGACUCGUCGAGAAGAAAACGUGCAGCCACUGCGGCCGUUUUGACGUCCGCGGUCCCUUUACGAUCAAGGCCGAGAAUGAGCACCACGGCGUGAAGCUCUGCUUGACGUACAAGCUCAAACACCACGAGCUGCACGCACUGCCAGUCCGUGUCGCCGCCUCGGGGUACUACGAUUACGAAGCGGGCGAGCCACGCAUGAAGAAGAUGUACAAUCUCCAGGAUGUGCUGGACCUUGUAACACGAUUGCGCAACUAG